CACGGCCACCAAUGCCCAUUCAUCUUCAGCUAAAGAAAAAAAGGCCUAUUCAUCUUCCACGGCCACCAAGGCGGCCAGGGGCAACCCUGUGGUAGCAGCGGCACGACAGUCGUAGCGAAUUCGAAUAACACCACAUACGGCUGUCAUGUUCGUUUAGUUAAUCAGAUCUCAAUGCAAAUCCUAGUUAACCUCAGUCCCGCCUUCUUCCCCAAAUUCCCCAUCGCACGGCGGCGACCCCAGUCCCAAACCAAAUUCGGCGGGGCCGCCGGCCGCUGUCCUCCCCCUCCGGCUUCCUGCUCUCCAUUCCCCAACUCGGGCAGUCCCUAGCUGGCGAGGAUCAUACGAAUGAUGUUCGCCAGGGAAAAGCUUGAAAUUACCAGAGGGCAACUGCGGGUGCUGGGCUUCUCCACUUCGCGCCUCCUGCCUGCCUCCUCCCUCUAGGGUUUCAACCGGCGAUGCGGUCCUCAAGUGUCCCACGCUACUCCGGCGGCGCCGGUCCGGUCUUCCUCGGCGACGACGUGGACCACGAGGCCAUCACCGAGGACAGCCUCGUCGGCGGCGGCGACUCCAACUCCGUGGGUUGCCUGCAUGGAUCAUACAACAGCUCUUUAAGCCUCCAUGGUGUAAGAGUUGAUGAUGAACACUCAGCUUUCGAGAACAGCAGCAGGUGUUCUAGUCCUUAUGAUAUCAUAGCACCUCGAGAUGUUGUACCUAUUGAAAUGGCACGAUCUAGGUUCUUGGACAUUAUAGUUGACCAUUUUAUUGGUGAGAAUGUUAUUGAGGUGGCAGAAUCCUCUGCGUUGGACCAUAUCCAGUCCAAUGAUAAAUUAAACAAAAGAAAGCAACAAGAGGUUCGGUAUGAAGGUGACCCAAGAUUUGCUUUGCCCUUGAUGUAUAUAGCAAACCUGUAUGAGGCCUUGGUGAGCGACGUCAACACACGUCUUGCUUCCUUGAUCGGGUCCCGCGAGAAAACUAUAGGAGUAGCUCUUGAAGCUGCCGGUGGAUUGUACAGGAAACUGACUCAGAAGUUCCCAAAGAAAGGAAGUUGUAGCUUCAGGAGGAGAGAGUUAGCAACUUCCCACGCAACAAGGACAAGGUUUCCUGAACUUGUUGUACAGGAAGAAAAGCGAGUCCGUUUUGUAGUAAUCAAUGGUUUGGUGAUCAUUGAGAGGCCAAACAAUAUGAGGAUGGAGGACGCAGAAUGGUUCAAAAGAUUGACCGGUCGAAAUGAAGUGGCCAUUUCAUCCAUAGAUUAUAAAUUUUAUUCACCUCGGCACAAGUACAGGCGUACCCCGCAGUCAGGAUUUGACAUCCCUGUCACAUCUGUUUUGACAGAGGAUGAGAGUUCCCCGCUGGUUUGUUCCUUAGGAUUUCGUCCACCAAAUGAGAUUCAAAAUCAACAUGAGCCAUCAUUGAAGCGACAUAUUCAACAGAUAGAGAGUCAACCUUACUUGCACUUUCUUGAUCAAGCAGAACAUGAGACCAUCCAGCAAAAUCAGCAUAGUUCUCAGUUGCCUCCCAUUCAUCCAUGUGCAUCGGCUUCACAUCUAUCAGAUAAUGCCCAGCAGCAUCAGUCUUAUUUAUCUCCACAUCUAGCUUCCAUGCAAGCAGGACACGGUCAUCUUGGAGGACGCGUGAAUAUUCUUCCAACCAGCCCUGCAAAGUUUUGUGAUGAAUGUGGUUCCCCGUAUUUAAGGACAACAUCCAAGUUCUGCUCAGAAUGUGGCACCAAGAGGCUAGGAAUUUGAUUGUUCAGGAUUUGCGUUGCUCCCAUGCGUAGCAGGUGUUCAGUUGAACACGUCUGAGUCAUUAUGGAGAAUCUUUUAUAUAGUGACCGCAUGCGAAUUUGAUUGUUGUAGUUAAACAUGGAUAUUGAACCCCCUGUUCUUCCAUCCAUAACUUAUUUUUUUGGUAAAAAGCAAGUCAGCAGCUGCCUUUUUAUGAAAGGAUUUGGAAUUGUUGUAUUUGUAUGCAAAGACUCACUCAUGUAUAUGCGUAUUUUUUUUGUUACUGUUGUGUUAUUACUAC